UUCUCUCUCCAUAAUCUAACACCUUCCUUUCAUUUUACAAGUAGAACAUAUGGCUGUUUCUAAGCCUGAUUCUCAAAAGGGGAAAUACAGAACAAUUUUGAGCAUUGAUGGAGGUGGCAUUAGAGGCAUUAUUCCCGGAGUUAUCCUACAAUUUCUCGAGAUUGUGCUUCAGAAAUUGGAUGGAGAAGAUGCAAGAAUAGCAGAUUACUUUGAUGUAAUUGCUGGUACAAGUACCGGUGGUUUGGUUGCCACGAUGCUUACAGCUCCAGACAAGAACAAUCAUAAUCGACCUUUGUAUGCAGCGAAAGAAAUUGUCCCCUUCUAUAAAGAGCAUGCAUCAGAAAUCUUUCCUCAGUCAAAGUUGCCAUUUAAGUUUUUAAGAUCAACAACGAAUUUUUUAUGGAAAUUUUGGGGCCCAAGGUACAACAGAGACGACAUGGAGAAUGUGUUAAAGAAGAAAAAGCUUGAAGAUAUAACACUCAAGGAAACUAUUACACAAGUUAUAAUUCCUACAUACGACAUUAACGGUCUUUUCCCUCGUAUUUUCACUACUGCCGAGGCUAAAAUGGACGAGUUAAAAAAUCCAACAUUGCUUGAAGUUUGCAUGAGCACCUCUGCAGCACCAACUUACUUACCUUGUCAUGAAUUGAAAAAUUAUGGAGAUAGUCGUAAUUUGCAUUUGAUUGAUGGUGGAGUUGCUGCGAAUAAUCCCACAUUAACUGCAAUUCUGAAUGAGAAAAGAGAGAUGAUCAUCCGGAGACAAUUCAAAACUGAGAAGAAUAAGGAAGAAGAAUCAAAGAUGUUGAUCCUUUCUUUAGGGACUGGUUCAUUUAAAAAUGUUGGGAAGUAUGAUGCAGCUGAUGUUUCCAAAUGGGGACUUUUUGAUUGGAUCCAUAAAAAUAAAACUUCACCUAUCAUUGAUAUUUUCAGUGAUGCAAGUGCUGAUAUGGUGGAUAUUCAUGUUGGCACUAUGUUUCAAUAUGAUCAUAAUCUUCAUAAAAAUAGACCUGAUAAAAAGAACUAUCGUCGUAAAAAGAACUAUCUUCGUAUUCAGGCUCAGAAUUUGACUGGCGAAUUACGUUCUGUGGAUAUUGCAACGGAAAAGAAUUUAACCGACCUGGAAACUGUGGGAGAGGAGUUGCUGGAUAAAAGAGUGUCCAGGAUAAAUUUGAAAACGGGAGAGUUUGAGGAAGUUGAGAAAGAAACUAAAGGAAAAGCCCUUUCUGUGAAGUUUGAGGGACUUCUUGUUAAGAAAGGAACCAACAGACAUGCCCUUAUUAAAUUUGCUAAACUUUUGUCUAAGGAGAGGAAGCUACGACAAUCGAGUUGAAUAAUGAGGAACCCAAUUCCAAUUUCAAAUAUGCUUUUUUCUAUUUGCAUCAUUUUCUGUUUUAUUUAAUUUCAUGUACUUAUGAGUGUGUGUGUAUAAUCCUUUAAUUUCUAUUUUUAGUACAAUAAAUUAUUGUAAAAGUAGUCUUUAUAAGACUAUAUUUUAUGAUGUAUCCUUUUUUAUUUCAAUAAAUUAUAAGUAUGUCAUUUUCCUUCUACACCGUCAA